GAGAAACACCGCGCCGGAUUUCCGGUGGCGAGCCCUUGUGAUAUUGCCCGAGAAACCCCUUUCUCUUCCUUUUCCCCCAAGAUGGCUCCCAAGGCGAAGAAGGAAGCUGUCCCUGCCAAGACUGAAGCAAAGUCUAAGGCUUUAAAGGCAAAGAAGGCUGUAUUAAAAGGAGUCCACAGUCACAAGAAAAAGAAGAUCCGCACAACACCUACCUUCAGGAGGCCUAAAACCUUGAGAUUGAGGAGGCAACCCAAGUACCCCAGAAAGAGUGCUCCCACAAGGAACAAGCUUGACCAUUAUGCCAUCAUUAAGUUCCCUCUGACCACUGAGUCAGCCAUGAAGAAGAUUGAAGACAACAAUACUUUGGUUUUCAUUGUUGAUGUUAAAGCCAACAAACACCAGAUCAAACAGGCGGUGAAGAAACUUUACGACAUUGAUGUUGCUAAAGUGAACACUCUUAUUAGGCCUGAUGGUGAGAAGAAAGCCUAUGUACGUCUUGCUCCCGAUUACGAUGCACUGGAUGUUGCCAACAAGAUUGGCAUCAUCUAAACUUGCAGCGGCGAGUAACAUCUGUACAGAAUCUCGUAAAAAAUAAAUGACCAAAAAAUA